GCAGUAGAUAUUUUUGACGAUUCAAGGAAAGUUCGAAUAUAAAGAAUCAUAAUUUUUGAAAAAAUUUUACUUUAUUAUUUAAUUAAAAAUAAAAUAUAUCUAAAAUUUUUUUCGUUUUUAAUCUAGACGUUUAAAAAAAAUGUUGCGGUUGUUUAAAUUUUUUGUAGUCGUUAUGCUUAUGCAUAAGUCAAUAAAUAUAUGUCUGGCAGAAUCACCAGAUAUAUAUAUAAAUGAUGUAGACUUCGUAGUGGGAAUUUUCGAAGACAGUCCUGGUAAUCCUGGUCGAUUGAAGUAUUUGAAUCAAGGCGUUUUAAUUAGAAGACGACUUGUACUCACAACAUCAGUUUAUGUGCUUUGGAAACGCAAUUUAAAAGUCCGUACUUAUGCUUGGCGAAAAAAAGCUGGAACCCGAAACGACCACAAAGCUGAUGAAUCUUUUUACAUACAACACAAUGUUGAGGAAAAUGAGGUCUUUCCCGAAAUGACUAAAAUUUCUUUUUUAAUUUUGGAAAAAAGUCAUAACGAUGAUGCACAAUAUAUUAACUACGUAAACUACAAUGGCGGUGAAUUGCUCAGUCCGGGAGAUAGAUGCGCUUUAGUGAAAUUAAAAUGGAAUAAUGGAAUAAGAGAAUCACCGAAUCGUCAGAUAAAAGUCAAGCAGCGACAUAUACAGUCACCUUUUUAUUAUCUAGAAAAAGGAUGCCCUAAUACUUUUUCUGAACUUAAGACAAAUUAUUCACCUGGCUCAGAAUAUUAUUUUUGUAUUGAAGAAACCGGAAAAAAAAAUUGUAAUCCGUAUCCAGGAGCAGCUUUAGUUUGCGAGUCUCAUGAACAAAUAGGAUACUACUACUUGGCAGGAAUUGAAAUUAUGCGAAAUAAUUGUCAACUUAUGUUUGCAGAUACGCAAACAUUAGAAGAUUCUAUUGAAACUUUGAUAGAACAUUUGUCUUAAAGAAUUAAAAUUUCAUUUUAUUUUACUUUUAAUUUUGAUGUAAUGAUAUAAUUCAUUUACGUUUAUGUAAAACGAUAAUCGAUAAAUUAUAAACUGAUUGA